GCGGAGUCCCCCCUCAUGUGACGUCAUACUUGACAGGGUGCCACUCAAAUGUCAAGGGGUUAAGGCCAAAUGCCUCGUGUAAACGGAACCUUUGUGUUCGCCCUCCUUCAAGCGCGACCCUUUGCCGACGGAAGAGCAACUCUCUCCUCUGCCGAACGGAAGACAGGCACAGCCGCGAACGCUUGUCGGGUCGGACUGCCGGUUACAGAAGUUUUCAGUUGGAAUUUUCAACUACCUGCGUAUUCCUACGCACCUGUUUCCCAGACGAGGACUCGUACGCUGCUAAAAACAGGCACUUAUAUGCGCCUUGGAGACACGUUUCCAUUGUAGAUCUCGACCGGUAGCGCUAAACAAUGAGCCCUGCGAUGCUAAGGUCCCCGCGCGGAGUCGCGUUCUCUCGUCUCGCUGAAUGCGAGCUCCUACUCCUACUGCUCUCCGCGUUGAGUUUCUGCGGGUCCCACGCGUCGUUCUUAGCGCAAGUAAGUCGUCCGCGGGUUCUCCUCUUCAUGGUCGAUGGACUGCGCUGGGACUACCUGUCGGAACCACACCUGCCGGGCUUCGAAGAACUCGCUGAUACGGGAGUGAAGGCCGAAUACGUGGUGCCCGUCAUGCCGGCAAAUUCGUACCCCAACUGCUACAGCAUCGUCACCGGUUUAUAUGCGGAGCGGCACGGUUUCGUGCAGAAUUACAUGUACGACGAGAAGUACGACGACUAUUUUUUGAUGGCGCCCCACCCGAAUGCGUCAAACCCGCACUGGUGGAACCACGCGGAGCCAGUCUGGGUGACGGCAGAGAAGAACGGACUCCGCACCGGCAUGUACUAUUGGGACGGUUGCCAGGUGGAGAUAAGAGGUGUCAAGCCCACGAUAUGCUUUCCCUAUCGAAAUUUCGGCAAGUGGCCAACGGCUGAAAGGGACACUAAAGCCGCACUUUCUGAAGCAGUGAGGAAGUUGAAACAGAACGCCCUUGACUUUGCGCUUGUUUAUUACGAAGCCGUCGAUGCUGCAGGACAUGUAUAUGGCCCUGAUUCGAAGGAACGCAAAGAAGCACUGAAAAGCGCCGACUACCUACUCAAGCACUUGCUUGACGAAGCCAGGAAACAUAAUAUACGCGAUCAGCUCAGUAUCAUCGUGGUGUCUGACCACGGCAUGACGGACACAAGCCUUGACAAGAACGAGCUGAUCGACAUUGAGCCACAUAUUGACGCCAGCGACAUCCAUUGUAUGCUCGAUGGUGGGGCGUUCUCUAUGCUUCGGCCACACAGGGGCAAGAUUGACAAGGUGUACGCCAAGCUGAAAAGCGCGAACAUUAAGGGCCUCAACGUUUUCAGGAAAGAAGAACUGCCUGAAUCGUAUCAUCUCAGGGAUUCGUACUUGACGCAACCUAUUGUGCUGACUACUGAUCCGGGUUACCUGCUUGUAAAGCUUCGACUUACGGAGAGUGAGAAGCAAAUGCCGAAAUCAAACAGGACAGUCGGCGGGGGCCACGGCUACGACCCCAUGAAACUCGCAGAUAUGCGUGCCAUCUUUCUGGCCACUGGUCCAGGACUAAAACAAGGCUUUCAGAGUGGACCUAUACGCAUGGUGGACCAUUACAACGUCAUCUGCAGGCAGCUGGGAAUCCAGCCGCUAGAGAACAGCGGAAGCCUAGAGAAUGUGCGGGACAUAUUUGUCGAUGGGGCCGCCGCCAGCAGCGCGGUCGCUUCAUUGUCUUUACUACUCGUCCUCAACAUCCUGCUCGCGGCACGUGUUUACUGAUAGCACGUGUUUACAAAGACUGGCUAAUAAAAGCGAAAAAAUAAUUGUUGACCACUGCUACAGCUAUUCCGUCACAGUAUCAUGUAAAAACUGUUCCGGCGAGC